GGUAAAGCCUCCAGCUGCCCUGCGCGGUGUGUUUUGGUUGCAGCUCGGCGGCUGAGAGACUCGAACCCGGACCGACCCCGAACCAGAACCCGGACCCUGUUCUCUUCUCUCGGAGCAGACAUGAGAAUUUUAAUCGGUGGAGGGUCAGGGUUUGUUGGCCGUGAACUCACUAAACUCCUAAAGGUCAAAGGUCAUGAAGUCACCAUUAUAUCACGACAGCCUGGUCCGGGCCGGAUCACUUGGACUGAUUUGGAGUCCGCUGGUCUUCCUGUGUGUGAUGCUGUAGUCAACCUUGCUGGAGAAAACAUCUUAAACCCACUGAGAUGGUGGAGUGAGACGUACAGAGCCCAGGUGUUUAACAGCCGCCUGAACACCACCAGGAGUUUAACUCGCUCCAUCACCUCCUCCACAACACCUCCUCACUCCUGGGUCCUCGUCACUGGAAUUGCAUGUUACAGAGCCAAUGUAGAGACUCCGUACACUGAGGACAGCCAGUGGACGACCUUUGACCUUUGGUCUCAGCUGGUGAAGGAGUGGGAGGAAGCGGGACGACUUCCUGAAAACACCAGUAAAACCACCAAACAAGUCGUCAUCAGAUCAGGCGUGGUUCUGGGGCGAGGCGGUGGUGCGAUAAAGCAGAUGCUCAUCCCAUUCUGGCUCGGUUUAGGAGGAACGUUGGGUUCAGGAAAUCAGCCCUUUCCUUGGAUUCACGUCUCAGAUUUAGCCGGGAUAAUCGCUCACUCCCUCGAUCCGUCCCGUACUCCCGCUUCCUCUCAGCCGGAGGUGUUUAAUGGAGUCGCACCGGCUCUGAACACCAACCGUGAGUUCACGCGGGAGCUGGGUCGAGUCCUGAAACGCCCCACGCUACUUCCUGUUCCCGAAUUCUUCCUGAGAGCCACUCUGGGCCAGGAGAGAGCCGUGAUCCUGACGCAGGGCCAGAGAGUCGUCCCGAAGAGAACUCUGGAGUCGGGAUUUCAGUUCCAGUAUCCGGAUUUAACCUCGGCACUGCGACAGAUUCUCUCACGCUAAUGAUCAGAAGACGGUUUUGGCUGAACGUUUUUGUGCUGUCUGAAUUGCUAACUGGCUAACAGAGCAAAUUCAGCUGUCGUACAUGUUGUACUUGGUUGGAAUGAGAUUAGGUUGCUAAGUAGCCCGCAUUAUAUCUAACUAGCAGCAUAACUAUCUAGCAUGAUGACUCGCUGGUGGUUUACCCAGACAUCGUACAGAUUUGGUAUGGUUUAUUUACAAACUCAUUAGUAAAGCAAAUGAAAAUUCCCAUCAGCUGUACAAAAGUCCUAAUAAAUUUGUUCUAUUUUUGAAA